AUGCGACACGCCAAACAUGUCAAAGGAGAAGCUGUUGGCGUCCAUCGCGACGUCAUGCGAAGACGAACUCGAGAAGGCAGAGAAGGUGAACUGCGAGAUAGAGGGAGAGAAGGGAAGAGCAGUGUCGUGAGAGUAAAACUCUCCGGCAAGGUCCUGUUGGUUAUGUUGGGGGAAGGAAGGGUGAAAUUGGGAAUCCGGCUGAGGGUAGAGGAAUUGCUGGUGGGAUUCAGAAGGGAAGGAUUGUGGAGAUUGGCUGUAGGUGCCCUGGGUACUGAUGGGGCAAGUGAAUUGCUGGCUUUCCAUAGGGAUAUCACCGAACCCAGGAUGCGUGUAGGCCAUCCCAUCGCUACCACCGAUGCUCUGCUGGUCCUGGCCUAA